AUGUCUUCUCCUCACUUUGAUGUCCCAUCGUUACCAGUGGGGAGUGCCUCAACUCGGGAUACUUCGCCUGUCUCUGGGCCUUUUGACUCUUCGGACUCUGACCGUGGCAUUGUGAACGGAGGCCAGGCCAACGGUUCACCGUUCACUGAGCCAAUUGCAAUCUGUGGGCUGGGAUUGCGUCUCCCAGGAGGGAUCCGGGAUGGGGACUCUUUCUGGGAUCUCCUGGUCAACGGCCGAGAUGCUCGGAUGCCCAUUCCGGCCAGUCGGUACAACAUCUCUGGCUUCAACGGCUCCCUCGACGGCAGAGACCCCAUCAAGACUACGCAUGGCUACUUCCUGGAUGAAGACCUGUCCAGUCUCGAUGCGUCUUUCUUUUCCAUGACCAAGACCGAGCUCGAAAAAUGUGAUCCGCAGCAACGUCAGCUGUUGGAAGUCUCUCGAGAGUGCCUCGAAGACGCGGGGGAGACAGACUAUCGUGGUCGAAACGUCGGCUGCUAUAUCGGGAACUUUGGCCACGAUUGGAUGGAGAUGAGUCUUCGGGAACCACAGCAUAGUCGAAGCUAUAAUGUGCUUGGGUAUAGUGACAUGAUCCUCGCCAAUCGAGUAUCAUAUGAAUAUGACUUGCGAGGGCCAAGUGUGGUAAUCAAGACCGCCUGCUCAGCGUCACUCGUCGCCCUCCACGAGGCCUGCCGGGCCCUACAGGCUAGGGACAUACGCGGCGCAAUUGUUGGCGGAACGAGUUUGAUUCUAGCUCCGACGCUGACGUCCAAUUUCUUCGGGGAAGGCAUUCUCUCCCCGGAAGCUUCCUGCAAGACGUUUGAUGAGUCGGCCGACGGUUUUGCUCGAGCGGAGGGCAUUACGGCAAUCUAUGUCAAACGACUUGACGAUGCUCUCCGGGAUGGGAAUCCGAUCCGGGCGGUCAUUCGGGGGACAGGCACCAACAGUGAUGGUAAGAGCAUGGGAAUCAUGAGCCCCAACGCCGAGGCACAUGAAGCCCUCAUGCGCCAGGUUUAUGAUCAAGCUGGGCUGAGUCCCCGUGAAACGGCUUUCGUCGAGGAACAAAGACGGUUGAGUAACGCAUCGAAGUGCCACGGCACUGGUACUGCAACAGGCGAUCCCAUCGAGGCCACGGCGGUUGGCAACGUCUUCGGUGAACGGGGCGUGUAUAUUGGCUCUGUGAAGCCGAAUAUUGGGCACUCUGAAGGCUGUUCCGGCAUCACGAGCUUGAUCAAAGCGGUUCUUGCGUUGGAGCAUAAAACAAUCCCGCCAAAUAUCAAGUUCAGAAACCCCAAUCCCAAGAUCCCAUUCGUCGAGAAGAAGCUCGUUGUCCCCAUACAACCCGCCCCCUUUCCGUCGGACAAGGCAGAAAGGAUCAGUGUCAAUUCAUUCGGCAUCGGCGGCUCCAAUGCUCAUGUCGAAGCGUACAAGACCUAUGCCCGUGACCACCCGGACGCCAUUUCCGACAUCGCGUAUACUCUAGCCGUCCGCCGAGAACGGCUUCCCCACCGGGCAUUUGCCAUCUGGCAAAAUGGCGAGCUCCAAAUAUCCAGUCUCUCCAAGGCCCCCGCGGUCACCCCGGCCAUUACGAUGAUCUUCAGCGGCCAGGGGGCCCAGUGGGCAGAGAUGGGGAAAAAGCUCAUCCAGAUGGAUGCGAACUUCCGGCAUGACUUGGCCUCCAUGGAUAGCAUCUUGCAGAGCUUCCGCAAACCCCCCUGUUGGUCUAUACUUGAGGAGCUCCAGAAACCAGCCGAGGACAGCCAGAUCAACCGGGCCGAGAUGGCCCAACCGCUUUGUACGGCAUUGCAAGUGGCGCUCUUCCACCAGCUCAAACGACUUGGCAUCAAACCCACAGCAGUUGUCGGUCAUUCGAGCGGUGAGAUCGCAGCGGCGUACGCCGCCGGGUAUAUCACGCUCGAGUAUGCCCUUGCGGUAGCUUACUAUCGCGGAUAUAUCACUAAGAAUGCGGAUCGUUCCCGUGGUGCCAUGGCAGCCGUGGGAUUAUCGGCUGCCGAUGUGCUGCCAUUCCUGCGUGCUGGUGUGUGCAUCGCGUGUGAAAACAGUCCCAGCAGCACGACCAUCUCCGGCGAUAAGGAAGCCCUGAAGGAGAUGCUAGCAUGCUUGAAGGAAGAAAGGCCAGAUAUCUUUACCCGUCUCCUCAAAGUUGAGAUGGCUUACCAUUCUCGUUAUCUUCGGUCUACUCACAUUUUUGCAGAUCAUAUGAAGCCGUUGGGCAUAGAAUACUUGGAGCUGCUCCGGGCGGAGAACAAUUUUGGCGUCCCACGUUCUACAGACAAGGCUCUGUUCCUCUCAAGUGUCAUAUGCAAACCCGUGGAUGAUCCCGCCUCUUUUGGUCCGGAAUACUGGGUGGACAAUCUGACCUCCCCCAUCCGGCACCAGGACAGCGCCGCAACCUUCCUGUCUGCUGUUGGCAAAAUGUAUCAGGAGGCCGUGCCCCUUGAUGUUAAAGCUCUCUUUCCAGAGGACAGACGAGCCCUGUGUGGACUGCCCGUCUAUCCUUGGGACCACAGCGGAUCAUACUGGUAUGAAAGCCGCCUGUCCAGCGCCUGGCGCCAGCGCCCAUUUCCACAUCACUCUCUUCUCGGAGAGCGGACGGUCGACUCGCCCGAUUUCUCGCCGAUAUGGCGGAACAUGCUUAGUCUGGAAGACGUGGCCUGGAUUGCAGACCAUAAGAUCCGCCAAGAUGUCGUGUUUCCUCUAGCUGGAUACAUUGUGAUGGCGGGAGAGGCCAUUCGACAGACUACCGGAGUUGACACGGGCUACCGUCUGCGGGACGUCGAAGCCCGCAAGGCCCUCGUGUUGACCGAUUCCAAGGCAACGGAGGUAGUGACUGUAUUACACGCCCACACGGGUGUUCCAGCCGAGGGUCCCUCUUGGUACGACUUCUCAAUUGCUUCGUGUCACGGCUCGUCCUGGUUGAUCCACUGCACUGGCCAAGUAUCGCCACUGGCUGAGACUCAAAGACUCCCUUGGGAGCCAGAGUCUGCCGCUCAGAGGAGACUGCCUCGAAAGCUCACGCCCACGAGAUUUUACGAGGCCAUGGCACGGGUCGGGGUCGUUUUCGGGCCGGAGUUCCAGCGUCUCGUGGAUAUCACGUCCUCCGCGACGGAUCCCCUGGCAGAGGCUCGAGUCAUGAGCCCCGCGCAGCGAGAGAACAAGUGGCCAUUUGCCCUGCACCCUACGGCCAUCGACGCAUGUAUCCAACUGCUGAUCGUCGCAGCUGCUCGCGGCUUGUGCCGCAACCUCGACCAGCUGGAGGUACCCGUCGUGGUUGGGAAUGUCGAGGUCUCCAGAGGCUCGGCCAACCUGAGGGCCCGGGCACACGACUUCACUCAGGGAGUGGAGUGCGUGACCGAAAACAGCAAGUUAGCCUUGCGGAUGUCGGGGCUGCAGCUGGCUCCUCUGGCGGCGGAGGCGGCGGAUCAGGUUGAUGUUCAUGCUGGCGCCCGCCUGCAGUGGCUUCCUGACUUCGACUUCGUGGAUCACAGCGGCCUCUUCGACAAGCCGCAACGACCGUUGCUGGAGAUCGAACUCGAAGAGCACCUGACUCUGCUCUGUGUGCUCGAGUCGAUGGACAAGGUGGCUCACAUCCCGCCGUGCCACCCACACCUGGCGAAAUACCGUGAGUGGCUCGCGCUGCAGGUGCGUAUGGCGGAGGCUGGACAGUAUACCCUUGUCGAGCAUGCCACGGAAUGGGUCGGACUGCCUCGCGUUGAACGGCAGAAACUCAUCCAAGACACAUACGCGAAGAUCCUGGAUCUUCCCGGCCGACACGCUUACUCCGUCGGCAUCAAGCGCAUCUGCGAGCAUGCAGACCAAAUCUUCACCGGUGAAGCCGACACGUUGGACUUGCUGAUGCAAGACGACAUCCUCGCCGAGCUGUACGACUCGGUGAGCUUUGGAUACGGCGACUUUGUCCGUUUGCUCUCCAACAACCGACCGAACCUUCGCAUCCUCGAAGUCGGCGCAGGCACGGGCGGCACCACCGAGCGAACCCUUCGCGGUCUGGUCGACGGGAGCAGCCUCCCUCCCUACUCCGUCUAUACCUUUACCGAUGUCUCCGCGGGCUUCUUCCCGCAGGCCAAAGAACGGUUCACCUACGCGCCCAACAUGGAGUUCCGGACCUUCGACAUCUCCCAAGACGGUCUCGCCCAGGGCUUCGAAGCCGCGUCCUACGACCUCAUCCUCGCCCCGAAUGUCGUGCACGCAACCGCAUCCUUGAAGGAAACGCUGUCGAACCUGGAGCCGCUGCUCAAGCCCGAUGGAUUCAUCAUCCUGACUGAACUGUGCUCCCUCAUCAAGUCGCCCAACUACAUCUUUGGCAACUUCGUCGGAUGGUGGCUGGGCGAGGCUGAUGGCCGCAACUGGGAGCCCUAUGUCCAGCCGGAGCGGUGGGAUGCUGAACUGAAGGCGGCCGGCUUCACCGGUGUCGACGCCGUUGUGCCGGACCAGGACGUACCUUCCUACCGGCUGGCGGCCACCAUCAUCUCCCAGCCUGCGCGGAAGGCCGAUGUGCCGGAGAUUGACCGAGCGGUCACCUUGCUCUGCCAGAGCGCGGACGCUGACAUUGUGAAGCGACUCCAGUUGUAUCUGCGGGACGGUGGCUGGCAGGUCGAGACGUGCCGGCUGGGGGAGGAGAUGCCGCCCAAGGGCCGGGACAUCAUCGCCAGCGUCGGAUUGGAGAGCGACUUCUUCGGUGAAGACCUGUCGCCUGAUCGGCUGGCCGCAUUCCAGGCCCUGAUCCGACACCUGGAUGCCGAGAAGGUUCUAUGGUUGUGUCCGCCAUUCCAGGUGCGGUGCAAAGACCCGCGGUCUGCGCAGACGCUCGGCGUCGCUCGAACGGUGCGGACGGAGCUGUCCCUCCCACUAUUCACCCUGGAGAUUGACACCAACGAGACCCGGUUUGAAGAACUGGUCCACGGGGUCUUGCAGAAAAUUCGGACCACCAAAGAUGAGGCUAGCCUCCAUGCGGACAAGGAGUUUGUGGUCACUGACGGCCAGCUGAAGAAGGAGCUCCCAUCGCGAGCCCUGACCCUGGACUCGGCGGCAGCGUAUCUCCUCGUCGGAGGCACGGGUGGUCUGGGUCGAUCCAUGGCCACUUGGAUGGUCGAGCAUGGGGCCACCGAUUUGAUCUUGCUUUCCCGACGCGCCGGCAAGGACGAAGAGAGUCAGAGCCUGUCCCAGGAGCUCGAGCAGAUGGGAUGCAGCGUCCACUUGGUGGCGGGAAGCGUCGAAAACCUCGAGGAUAUUGAGCGGUCUAUUGCCAGUACGAAGAAGCCGAUCAAGGGCGUGUUCCAGCUGGCCAUGGUGCUGAAGGAUGCGCCUCUCUUGGAGAUGACGUACUCGGAUUGGGUCGAAGUCAACGGGCCCAAGGUGACAGGGACGUGGAAUCUCCAUCACGCGUUGAAGGACCAGCCGCUGGAUUUCUUCUGGCUGGCCAGCUCCAUUUUGACCGCCGUGGACACGCCCGGCCAGGCCAACUACCUCGCCACGGGGACAUUCCUCGAGGCAUUCUGCCAAUACCGACAUUCCCUCGGACUGCCGGCCUCGGUGCUGAACAUCUGCCCCGUCGAGGGGGUCGGGUUCGUCGCCGAGAACCCGCACGCCAAAAAGAACAUGAAGGCGCAAGGGAUCUACACCUUGCGGGAGCGCGAGUUCCUCGACUUGGUGGAGCUCAGUCUCAUCGACAGCACUCCGUCCGCUGACGGGAAUACAAGUCCAACAGCCACCCCUCCCCGGCCAUGGGUGAACCGAUCUCAAGUCGUGAUGGGACUGCGCUCCGAGCAGGACCUGGGCGACCCGCACAACCGGGCCAGCUGGCGCCACAAUCGACGCAUGGGGCUUUACCACAAUCGGCGGGUGCGGGAGUCGGAGAGCGCCAGAGACGGCAAAAACGGCGCGAAGGCGAGCGCCCUGCAGGCCUUCCUGGAACGGGUGGAUUUUCUCGCCGUCGAAGUGGGCAAGAAGAUCCACGACUUGAUGCUCAAACCGGAUGAAGAGGUCGAGAUUGGCCGGACGCUGGCGCACAUCGGGCUCGAUUCGCUGAUGGCGAUUGAGUUACGGCGGUGGAUCAAGCAGGUAUUUGGACUCACGAUGAGCGUGUUGGAGAUCAUGGGCUCUGGAUCGCUGAAACAGUUGGCCGGGGAUCUGGCAGCCAAGUAUGCCGAGAAGAUCCGGGAGUAA